AUGUUAGGUGAAAAUCAAUCAAAUAGGUCGACAAGCAAAUCAUCCUCUCAAACCACUAUCGAUAUGGCCGGAGAAGUAAAUCCAGAAUUGGUCUAUGAACCUUGCGAUAAGGAUAUUCCCAUUGAGCAGGUGUAUGGAGCAAUGAAACCAACUCCAGAAAUUUUAAAAGAUUCUGAUUUAUUUCAGCUUGCUUCUGAGUGGGUUGCGAAAUUCUCUACUGCGCUUAAGGGUAUCCAAGAAUCCCCCACAACAUCGAACAUUAAUCAAUUGGAUAGUAUUUUUGCCUCUCAUUCCUUUUGGAAGGACCAUUUAUGUCUCAGUUGGGAUUUUCAUCAAUACAGUGAUUUAAAACAAAUUAAGGAGUUUCUUCGUACGCAAAUGCCAGAUUUUCAAUUAAAGAAUUUAGUGGUUAAUCGAACUGCUGACUUGAGAUAUGAGAAUAGUGUUAGUGUCUCUACUAUUCAGGAUUCAACCAAAGAACAACCAAUACCGAUUCAAUUGGUACAAUUCAUUAUUAAUUUUGAGAAUACAUUUGGUAAAGGUAGGGGUGUGGUCAGAUUGAUACCAGUUGACAAUACAUUGAUAGCUUAUUCUGUCUACACUGGACUCGAGAGUAUCAACGGAAGUGAAGAAACGCUUGGUGUUAAUAGGUCUGAAGGUGUCAGCCAUGGUCAACAUAAAGAAAGAUCGUCAUGGCUAGAGAAUAGAGAAAGAGACUUUAUUUGGGGAGACGACUCAAAGCAGCCCACUGUCUUGGUCGUUGGAGGGGGCCAAAGUGGUUUGAAUAUAGCAACAAGAUUGAAGUGCAUGGGAGUAGACACUUUGAUCGUAGAAAGAAAUUCAAAUAUUGGGGAUAAUUGGAGAAAUCGCUAUAAGUUUUUAGUUCUCCAUGAUCCAGUUUGGGCCGAUCACUUAGCGUAUAUGAAUUUUCCAGAUACAUGGCCUGUAUUUACCCCGAAGGAUAAAUUAGGAGAUUGGUUUGAGAAUUAUGCGAAGAGUAUGGAAUUGUGCUACUGGGUAAACAAAACUGUUGCGGGCGCCGAUUUUGAUGAAGACAAAUCGACCUGGACAGUGAAUAUUAUAGAUAAUGAUAGUGCGAAAAUGAACACAUUGAGACCAAAGCAUGUCAUAAUGGCAACAGGUCAUUCAGGUGAACCAAAUAUUCCUUCAUUUGAAGAACAGCAUAAAUUUAAAGGAAAAAUUGUACAUUCUUCUCAGCAUACAACUGGUAAAAUAUAUCAAGGUGAAAAUGCAUUAGUUGUAGGUUGCUGCAAUUCAGGUCAUGAUAUUGCCCAAGACUUUUACGAACAAGGGGCUAAACCAAUGCUUGUUCAGAGAUCAAGCACAUGCAUUUUCACAGCAGAAGUGGGUGGUGACUUGACUAACAAGGGACUUUAUGAGGAAGGAGGUCCCCCUAUUGAAACUGCAGAUUUGCUCUCACAAUCAAUGCCUUGGAAACUAUUGAGUUUAUCGUUACAACAACAAACCAGAAGAAUUGCGUCGUUAGAAAAAGAAUUACAUGAUUCAUUGAAGAAAGUUGGCUUUAAUAUAGACUAUGGAUAUGGUGGAACUGGGUUACCAGGCAAGUACCUAAGAAGAGGUGGCGGCUAUUAUAUUGACGUAGGUUGUUCUAGGCUAAUUGCUGAAAGAAAAAUUUCAGUUAAGAAUGGACAAAAAAUUCAAAAGUUUACUGAAGACGGUGUUAUAUUUUCAGAUGGUUCUCAGAUUAGUAAUGUGGCUAUUGUUGUUUUAGCAACUGGGUAUUCAAAUAUGAGGGAGAGUGCUAGAAAAAUUUUCGGUACUAAAGUUGCUGAUAAACUUAAGCCCGUUUGGGGUCUUGAUGAUGAAGGUGAAACCAAAGUUAUGUAUAGAGAUUCGGGGCAUCCAAACUUUUGGUAUAUGGGAGGAAACCUUUUAUUGACCAGGUAUUAUUCAAAAAAAUUAGCUUUAAGAAUCAUUGCGCAGGAGAGGGGCUUUAUCAAAGAUUAA